UCAGCCACUGUUACUCCUUCAGAGAAAAUGAGCUUGAGCCACGUGGAAACUAUGUCUCUACGCCACUCAAGUUCUCAAGAUGCACAGAGAUCAUCCUGGAAGCCAUGGUUGUGCUCAGCAAUAGUUCUUUUGUUUUGCUUCUUUGCUACACUAAUUCUUACUUUCUUCCCAUUUAAGACGGCUAAAGAGUCCUGUAUGGCUAAAUUUGGACCUCUACCCUCAAAAUGGAAAAUGACAUCUCCUGAACCUCCCUGCAUGAAUAAAAUAUCUGAUUGGGAGCUGAGGAUACUUCAGAAUGGCUUGUACUUAACUUAUGGCCAAGUAGCUUUUGAUAGAACCUACAAGGGAGCAGCUCCUUUUGAAGUGUGGCUACGUAAAAACGAAGAACCCAUACAGAUUCUGACAAACAACUCUCAAAUCCAGACUUUAGGGGGGAUUUAUGACUUGCACGUUGGAGACACAAUUGACUUGACAUUCAACAGUGAAGACCAGGUUCUAAAAAAUAACACAUACUGGGGGAUCUUGUUAAUACCAAAUAUUCAAUUCAUCUCCUAAGGAUUUGAUUUGGUCUCUUCAUUCUCUUCAGCAUAUGCAGAGGUGUUCAUGAAGAGUUGGAGAGGGGCAGAUUGACAGUGCUUAUACUUUGUCUGGGUGUACACAUCAGCACACACAGAAUUCCUCUGCAUGUGAGAUUUUUGCCUCAGGCUUUCUAGAAAGAGACUCAAAGAAAUAGCCAAAGGAAUUUGGUUACCUGAGGUUGGGUCUGUAACGAUGCUUUAGUAAUUUAAGAUAAAAUGAGUGGGGGUGGAAGAGGACAGAAAAUCUUCAAUGAUUCUUUGUCUAAACUUUGGAUCCCUGGGUGGAAAAAUGAAGUAUUUUUAUUUCCACGGGCACCUUACUUUGCAAAAGAAUCGAGGGCAGUAGCCUGGCCUUAUUCUCAUUUUUGUAAGCAGCUUUACUGUAUAUUUCCAUGCCCUCAUCUUCCAUCUUCUGAGACCCUCUUAAUACAGUCAUACUGGUGAGGUGGCCACAAAUAUGCCAACAAUAUCUUACUUUAGGUGUUGUGAGGGGAUAGAAAACUCUUUGAGAACUAUCUGGACAGAAGUGAAGAGAGUAUGAAGUACAAUGUCCUGGGAAGUAGAAUUUCCUGGGAAUUUCCCCCGGUUUCAUCACACCCAGGUUGCAAGAUGUUUAACUAAAUAUCUGGUCAAAGGAACCAUUCUGAACCUUCACCUUUAGCUUGACUGUUUGUCUCUAAACAUUGUCCAUGGUGAGUUGAGUCACCGCAAGUAAUCAUUGAAUUUAAUACCAGCAAUUGGCGUUAGUAUCGCUGUAUUAUGCUAUUUAACGAUUUCAUAGUUUUAACAGGCUUUCCUCAGCUUGCAAAGUGUGUCCAUAUAUCACAUGGCAACUUCAUGGAGGGAGGGGCAGGUAUCUUGGGCAAAAUUUUGGCAGUGAGAAUAUAGACACAGAUGGAGUAGAUAGGCUAUUUUGCCUCAAUGAGUAAAUGGGCUUUCUGCUGUUAUAUAUUCACACUAUCUCAGCUUUACAAUUGGUAUUUAUGCUAUUGUGUUAUACAUCUAUAAAAUCUAGCUAAUUCAAUCUUUAAGAGAUAUAUUCUUCUUUAGCCCAAGGUGGAUGAAGCAAAGCUAUAACUGAUCUUUCCUUUACCAGCGAUCUUAUUUAUUCCAGGAUGCUGGUCAGGACUUGCUCCAACAAAAUUCCCUUCCUUACGUUGCAAAGUCAAUCUCAAUUAAAUGUACUAACCUCUAAAACUAGCAAAUAACAAUUCAAAUUUUUGACUCAGUUAAAUUAGGUAUUUGU